AUGGAUGACGAUGCUGUAGGACAGGUCUCAGUUCGAUUCGUUGGCGAAAAUGGUGGCGAGCUUGGUGGGACUGGAAUUUUGCUUCCCACUUCAGUUACUUGUAAUCAGCUGCAGAUACUGUGUAAUCAGUUACUCGAUAGCAGUGAUGAUCCAGUGCCGAUCUCAUUUUUUACCAAAGAUGGUGUUGAAAUUAUUGAUAGUAUCGAGAAGAGCUUGGAAAAGAUAGACUAUGAGAAGACGUUAUGUCUCGUAUAUCAACCUCAAGCAGUUUUCCGAGUUCAACCGGUGACUCGAUGUUCAUCCAGCAUGCCAGGUCACGGAGAGCCCGUGAUUUCAGCCCAAUUCAGUCCUGAUGGAAGAGGUCUUGCCAGUGGGUCAGGCGAUAUGACAGUUCGUAUAUGGGACAUCGAUACGGAAUUGCCUUUGUAUACGUGUAAAGGACACAAAAACUGGGUGUUAUGCAUAGCUUGGUCUCCGGAUGCUCGAAAGAUCGCAUCGGCUUGUAAAAAUGGGCAGAUCAUGAUCUGGGACGCUGCUACUGGUGCACAGAUCGGGAAGACCUUGACACGACAUAAGCAGUGGAUCACUUAUUUGGCCUGGCAACCAAUGCAUAGGGAUCCUAAGUGCAUACUUCUUGCCAGCGCUGGAAAAGAUGGUAACAUACACAUAUGGGACACUAUCCAAGGAAACGUAGUAAGGUCGCUUAGCGGUCACACGGCAUGCGUAACUAGUAUACGAUGGGGUGGCGAGGGUCUGAUCUACUCCGGUUCUCAGGAUCGAACUGUCAAAGUUUGGCGCACUAGCGAUGGAAUAAUUUGUCGAAAUCUCGCCGGGCAUGCGCACUGGAUCAAUACCUUAGCGUUAAAUACAGACUACGCACUUCGCACAAGUUGUUUUGAUCCAAAGACUGGUUGCAAUAGACCGCCAACUGAGGAAGAGUGUCAGAAAGUGGCUCAGCGAAGAUAUGACGAAGCACUGAAGGUGUGUGGAGGAGAGCGUUUAGUUAGUGGAUCUGAUGACUUCACAAUGUUCCUUUGGAACCCAUCGGAAUCCAAACAUGCCAUUGCAAGGUUAACUGGACACCAGCAAUUGGUAAAUCAGGUUAUGUUCUCUCCUGAUACUCGAUAUAUUGCUUCUGCUUCAUUUGAUAAGUCAGUAAAAUUAUGGUGUGGGAGAACUGGAAAAUUCCUUGCGUCUUUGAGAGGUCACGUCAACGCCGUCUAUCAAAUUUCUUGGUCAGCUGAUAGUCGUUUGUUGGUCUCAGGAUCGGCUGAUUCUACACUGAAGGUCUGGGAAAUUCGUAGCAAACAGCUGCACUUUGACCUACCAGGACAUGGUGAUGAAGUGUAUACAGUUGACUGGAGUCCUGAAGGAACCAAGGUUGUCAGCGGGGGAAAGGAUAAAGUGCUGAAAUUAUGGAGACAAUGA